AUGCCGACGACACAGCGACCAUUCCUGGGCAACUUCCUCGCGGCGUUCAGAGCACACUCACAACCGCUGCCCAAAUCCUCCCCGUCGAUAUCCUCCUCAGCAGCGGGUGCGGGAAAUGCAUCGCUAUGGACAUCGGCCUCGCAACAGCCCUCGAAACCAUCUUCAGCCGGAUCUGAAACGAGCGUCACAAGUCCGAAGCCCAUAAACCCCAAGAACAACCCAUACGCGCAAAGUAAUACAGCUUCGCAAGAGCGACAGCUCGUAACACCCCUAUCACCACUUCAGCACAACGUCAGCCCACAGACGCAUCUACCUCGGUCACCGCCGUCACCUGGGAUUCCAGUAUAUGGGCCACCGAACAAGAACCAGCCAAUCUACCCCACCCCACAGGAUGUACGGCGGUCUCGAAGAGGCAGUGACAGCAGCUCAGAAGGCUUCCGCGAUGUGCGAACGGGCGGCGAGAAAUGGUUCAUCGGUGGCCUGACCGCGGGCGGAGAAGAGAGGUACUACAAGCUGAGCAUGGUCAAGAGAGACAAGAGCUCGGAUCGAAUAUCCACGGAUCAAAUGAGCCUAUGA